ACCUAAAACAUCCCUCGAUGGUUCAGAUGAAACUCCUUGCGAGAAAACCUUCAUGAUAAAACUACCAUCAUCUAGACCGUUCGUGAGGGAGAAAAAUAAGCUUUAAUACAGUGGUCAGCCACCCUCUACUGCAGACCCCCUCUGCGCUGAUACAGAGCGAGUGAAUCAAGAGAAAUAUGGUCUUGGAACCUCCGUUCCCUUUACCAGUGACCCCGUCUCACCAUCCUAUCUAGCUCGUCUAACGGUGUGAAUCGAGCCAUCAACAGCAAUUGAGAUGGAAUUAAUCUUCCACUUUCAGCGCGCUUUGACGCUAGCCCUUGUCCUACUCUUUAGUGGUGUUCAGUGUCUACCUGGGCCCAUGCCACAGCAGACAGGUGGAGAGUCUCCGGCAGACAAAGCAAAUAAGAUUCCUCAGGGUAUUAUGCCGGCGAAAGACGGUUCAAUCAUGCUUGAUGCUACAGAGACAAUCAACAACUUGAAAAUCCGCUUCCGCAUCAGUGGUCCUGCAGGAGAAUUUACAACGGCAAGCAAGGUACCCGGAGGCGGCAAGACAACAGGUGCGAAGGGCAACCUCGGGCUUCACGUCUUGUUACACGGCGAUAGCGGCUCUUCUUUCUUCGACAUGCCCAACCAAGGCGUAAAGAACAAUUUGGCGGGAGUCACAGUACUCUCCCCGGACAGGAACCUCCACUGGGGAGGCGGUUCCGGAUUUAAUCGCACAGACGGCGUUGCGCACGCUCAAGCAGUCAAUGAUCUGGUUUUCCAAACCCUGCCAAAGUAUAUGGCUUUCAACUCCUCGAAUGUCUUCUUUUCUGGAAUCUCAGGCGGUUCUCUUCUGCUUUCUGGAUACUUCAUGCCAGCGCACAUGGGCAACUUCGCUGGGAACGGGGUGAUGCUGGGCUGCGGUGCGAUGGAGCCCCGCGUUGAAGUAUCGCAGUCCUCUCGUGACACUCUUAUGAAUACUCGACUCCACUAUCAGAGCACUCAAAAUGAGCUUCAACACCUACAAGGAUCGAUCUCCGCUACCAUGAAGGCGUACGAGAAAGUUGUCAAAGACAAGGGCAUGAAGACGGAAGCGAUCAACAAGCUUCAGACAGCCAACAAUAAGCCAGUGGGAGGUCACUGUCAGUUUGAUGAGAAGGGUUUUGGAUCAGGAAUACAGCUCAUUGCCGACAACUAUGCCGCGAUUAUGCAAGGAGGAAAUGGCGAGGUGCCAGGUAUUGGAAAUGUUUUGAAAGGUGUUUCCGGCCAGGAAUUGAAGUUUUCAGGGGGAGGUGCCCCGUGAACUACAGACUCAUGCAAUGUGUUCAGGAUAUGGAUAAUAAGAGUAGUGCCCAUGAAAAUGACCCUUCACAAAUUUCG